CGAGGCGUGAUUCGGUCCGGGCAGUUUCCUCUCUUCUGGCCGCGCGCGCGCGAGAGUAGUAGGGCCGCAAUCCGCUCCGGGUUUGAGAAGAAGCCGCCGGAAAGUAGUGUGCUCUCCCUUCGCGGUCGGUCUCCUCGUCUUUGGUCGACGGUGCACGAAAAUCCCGAAGGAAGCCACCGAGAGAUGAUUUGAGGAGAGAGAAGAGAGAGAGAGAGAGAGAGAGAGAGAGAGAAAGAGACUGACUGACACUGAUACUAAGAGAAAGAUAGACGGUCAGAGAGAGGGAAAGACAGAAAGAGAAAGAAGGAGAUAUCCGCUUCGCUUCGCUCCGCUCCGCUCCGUUCCGCUCGGCUACGUUUCGCUCGCGCGACGUGUCCAACUCCGCUGUUUUUCUGUCGUUUUUUUCGUCGCCGAACCCAUACAGCCACCCGCGCGAGCGCGCUAUUCAUAUCUUAGAGAUUGCUACACGAUUGGUAUAGCGUAUCGUCGGGAGGAUCGGCUCGUGAUCCGCUCCGAUCCGCUCCGUUACGCUCCGUUCCGCUCGGCUCCGCGUGCCGCGUCUAAUGAUCGAGGAGGUGGUAGACGUCGGUGAUUAUGCGCGUAGUAAUGAAUAAUUCUGUAAAGUCCGUUGGGAUCGCAGCAGCCGCCAUCGUCGCAGUGUUUCACGAGCGUCAUGUAAUAUGGAAUUAAACAAUGUUGUUAAGACGUAAACAUGUUCUGGCUACAUUGUGGACUCUUUGUUCUCGUGAUUGCUGUACGUGGAUUUAUUAGCAGCUUAGCCGACACCACAUCCAAGCGAGAAGCAGAUUACACCUUAGAUGAUUCCUUUUGGAAGGAAGAGGAAACUCCUGCUGGUGAGGUCGAACGACUACUACAGGAAUAUCGACAAAACCAAGAGCUAAUACGAAAUAUCGGUGGUCAUUACUAUCAGAUCAUCUAUCCGGUACAGCUACGGCAUCACGAGAAAAUGGGGAUAUCCACGAGAGAAGUCGGCGUACCAAAGUUUCCUCAAAGAGGUUACGGUGAUGGAGGAUAUCAGAAUCCUAGAGGCAGAAUGAGAACAGGGAGACAUUUUCAUCGGACGUCUCUUCUGAUCAAGGCCUUUAAUCACAAAUUUCGUCUAGACUUAGAGUUAAAUACGCAACUUUUAGCUCCAAAUCUUGUACAGAAAGACUUUUUAGCAGGCGAUGCGGAACAGAUAUCUAAGCAGGAGAUAGAACAUUGUUAUUAUCACGGCACUGUGAGAGAUUAUCCGGGAGCUAGCGCUGCUUUUCACACGUGUAACGGUGUCAGCGGUGUCAUUCACUUAGGCAACGAGACCUUCGUCAUUCAUCCAUUCUAUGGCGGCGACUUAUCGCAGAAACAUCCUCACAUUAUAUUUGAAGCCCGAACAAAAGUUAAUAAAGGCUGCGCUAACUCGGGAAAUCUUGAGUGGCGUGUAAAGAACCGCCGACAGAAGCACAUCUUUGGGCUAUCAGAGACCACUUCUAAUCGAUACAAAAGAGACGUCCGUGAAGCAACCAAAUACAUCGAAACUGCCAUCAUUAUCGAUAAGGCUAUGUUUGACAAAAGAAACGGUAGUACCAGAGCUGAGGUUGUUCACGAUGCCAUCCAAGUUGCUAAUAUCGCAGAUUUGUAUUUCCGCACAUUAAACACUAGAGUCUCCGUCGUAUACAUCGAAACUUGGAAGGGCAGCAACCAAGUGCCAAUCGAUAAUGGCAUCGACAUCGAUCAAGCCUUGUUAAGCUUUAACGAUUAUACGAUGCGGAGAAUGUAUCAAGGUGCUCAGGAUACCACCCAAUUGCUCACGGGUGAGACUUUCUCAGGUGGAGAAUCAGGGGUGGCUGUGCCCGAGACCGUGUGCAGCCAAAGAUCCGUAGGAAUCAGCGUCGAUCUAAACACUUAUGAGCCUCAUCUUUUAGCUGGUACCAUGGCUCAUAUGAUCGGUCACAAUAUCGGCAUGAGUCACGACGAUGGAAGAAACGAUUGCAAUUGCCGCGAUUGGCACGGAUGCAUCAUGGCUCAAUCCAUCGUCGGUCUAGAAAAUGUUCAGCCAUACAAGUUUUCGGAGUGUAGUAAAACUGAUUAUAUAGAAGCUUUAAAGAGUGGCCACGGCAUCUGCCUUUUUAACAAACCAAACGAGCUGGAGAUUAGGAGAUCAUGCGGAAACAGGGUAAUCGACGACGGGGAACAAUGCGACUGCGGAUCACUCGAGGAAUGCAAGGAGUACGAUCCUUGUUGCGAUCCUAUCACCUGCAAGUUGACGACGGAGGCCGAAUGUGCGACCGGUCCUUGUUGCAACGAUUGCAAGCUCCGUGCUCGCGGUGUCGUCUGCCGCGAAUCGACAAACGAGUGCGAUUUACCCGAAGUGUGCUCCGGCGACAGCGGUCAAUGCCCACCGGAUGUUUAUAAAAAGAACGGCAACCCGUGCUCGAAUAGCGCUGGACACUGUUUCAACGGAGUUUGUCCGGCUCUGGAUUUACAAUGCGAACAAGUGUGGGGUUACGGCGGAAUCGCUGCCGACCAAGAAUGUUUCGACCAAUUUAAUUCUAAGGGAUCCAUCAACGGCCAUUGCGGUACGGACACCAGCGGUCAUCUUAUCAAAUGCGAACCUGAAAAUGUUCGUUGUGGAUCCCUUCAAUGCCAACAAGGAAGCAAGCAACCGGUAAUCGAUGGAAUGAAGGAUUUACAUACUAGAACUAUAAUUUCUAUCAAGAAUCAGGAAUAUGAAUGCAAAGCCACGACUGGAAGAGUGGAAGGAUCUGAUAUACCUGGAAUGGGAUUGGUUCGUGAUGGCACAUCCUGUGGUGAUAACUUGAUUUGUGUCAAUCAAACUUGCACGAGCUUGUUUCCGCACAUCGAUCAAGAAAAGUGUCCCAGCAAUCACGACGACAAAGAAUGCUCGGGAAAUGGCGUGUGCACGAACGCUAACAAAUGCUACUGCUUUCUCGGUUGGAGCGGAACGGACUGUUCCAUAGAGCAAUCUGUCCCAACGAUAUCGCCGACGACACCCACAACUGAAGUAGUACAGAAAUCUGAUAAAAUGGAAAAGAAAGAGACCCCCUACGAGAACUACCACGGCUCUAACACUGUAUUUUUAGUUGGUAUGCUCAUGUCGGUGGUAGGGGGUGUUUUCGUAGUAUUUGCUCUGAUGGCUCUCUGCUACAGGUCAGUCGUAGUACAUAAAAACUUCUCCCUCUGUCUCAGAAGGAAGAGCACCGUCCAGAAGUAUGACCCGCCAUACUCAAAGAAACCGCAGCAGAAGACCUACAGCAGCGUUGCCGGUAAUCAUAAUGCGGAAGCUGCGGCAUUGGACACGGUCAACAAGAUCCUCACUUUCGGCAGUAUGCCUCAGUACAGCCGCGGCGAGACCCAGCGCGUGCUGUUUCGACACCCGAAUAACGUCGUCGUCGCCGACGGGCCAAGAGUCAAGGAGCAUAAACCGCAGCCGAAGAGGCACGGCGUGGAGGAGGAAGAUGGAGGUAUGGGAGCAGAGGAAGUUGUCUCUUUCAUUGAUCUCCCACCAAACAAUCUCACAAAGUUGCCUGAGAAGGGAAUUUUAAAGAAACACGGUGGUUACGGACUAGGUGGAAGCACGAUCGAGCACGUGGAAAGAACUCUGAACCAAUUGAAUGGUUAUCACGAGGAUAUACUCGAGGUGCUGAAGAACGCAGCGAGUCGUCGCGAACUCGUAGGCACCCCGUCGGGCAGUGGCAAUCUCCUUGAUGAAGACGCGAUACGCAAGUCGCUGGCCGAGUGCGGUUAUCCUGACAUGUACCAGAAGGACACCGAUGGCCAGGAUAAUGGCAUCGACAACGGACAGGAGGAAGAGGAUGAUGAUGUGGAGCUGCAGCCGCCGUGCGGCACCAUUCGUAUUCGCAAUCUCGAGGAUCUCAUUCGUCAACUCGAGCAUCGAGCAGCGAGACCCUAUUUGACCGGCCAGAUGAGUCCGAGCGGGUCUGAAGAGAUUCGAACAUCCGAGACUGAACCUGAUCGACACUACAGAAUCGAUUCUUCUGUUUGUAGCGAGUCAUCACAAGGAAGCAGAAGAUGUAGCCGCGGCCGCGACGAGGACGCUAGUAGAUUCGUCUACGGUAGAUACCGUCAGCCGACGUCCCGAAGUCCUUACGGCAAUCAUCAACACACUCAUCAACACUCCCAUCAAAUGCACCCCGAGGACGAGGGUAUCUAUGAAACUGCCGAUCCUGACAGAGGCUCAAAUACUAGGGGUGAAACACCCGAUUGUGAAAGUGAUGCAUUUAUUCAAGCUCAACAACAAGUAGCCCGGUGGACUAGUGAGGAUGGAGGAGGAGGAGGAGGAGGAGUGCAGCACCGGCCGCCGCAGCAGCCACCACCGCCGUCUGCGAUGCCGGUGCAGCAACAGGCGCAGCAGCAGCAGCAACAGCAGCAGCUGCAACAGCAACACCAACUGCCGGUGGAACAACUGCCAAUCAAGCAGCGCGGCUAUUAUCCAUCCCCCCCACAAACCGAAAACAACCUCGACGCCGGCAGCAACGCCGAAGUCGAAUCUGCUCAAUCCCAGCAACAGCAAACGCUAAGCGAAGUUCGUGGAAUCGAUGUUAAUCACAUGCCUAAUAUUAACAAACGCCCACUAGACGAUAACUUUAGUCUAGAUUGUAACAUAAUGAAUAAUGAUUCCCCUAAAGAAUUAAUUACCAACAACACUAGUGAUAACGAAAAUACUGCCCUACUGCCCCCCCAUUUUCCUGAGUACAAGCAUUGAUAAUUAAUUAAUCGAUGACAGGUAGUGUCCGAAAGAAAAAAAGAAAGAAAUGGGAAAAUGUCGUAAUAAUAAUAAUAAUAUUAAUAAUAAUAAUAAAACAUAGUGGUGUGACAAUGAUGAUGAUGACGAUGACGACGAUGAUGUAAUCUCGAACUCGCAUUUUAUACUGAAUAGUGUAAAUAACGAUAAACUGUAACUGCGACGAUUACAAGAACAACAACAACAACAAGUAUUAAAUUAUAAAUUCAAAUAAUCUA